GGCGCCCGGAGCGGAGGGAGCGAAGGAAGGCCCGGGGUUCCAGCCGAGCUCCCCGGCCCGGCCCUGUCCUGUCUCCGCAGCAGCACCGGAGACCGUCCGGUGUCCGCCGGCUCUGGCUGCGCCAGCGAGAAACUUUGCCCUGAGAAGUCCUCUGACCGCCUAACCACACGGCGAGAGAGUCCGCCGGAGAGUCCCUGUGCGGGGGCCCGGCACCCCGCGCGUCAUUGCCGCGCCUCCCCGCACCCGGCGUCCGCGGCGCCCGGCCGCCAGGAUGCGCUACGCAGACCCCUCGGCCAACCGGGAUCUGUUGGGGAACCGAACUCUGCUCUUCAUCUUCAUCUGCGCCUUCGCCUUGGUGACCUUGCUGCAACAGAUCCUGUAUGGCAGGAACUACAUCAGGAGAGGCCUCCAGUUUGGUUGGCAGAGUGGCGACCCGCUGGCCAAUUGGACGGGGCUCUUUAAUGCCACCGACGACUCGGCAGUGCAGAGCUACAGUGACUCCAGCUCCAGGUACUUUGAAUUUUACGAGGGGCCUUUAGAAUAUAACUCCACAAGAUGCCUGGAGCUGAGGCACGAGAUCCUGGAGGUGAAGGUGCUGUCCAUGGUGAAGCAAUCAGAGCUGUUCGACAGGUGGAAGAGCCUCCAGAUGUGCAAGUGGGCGAUGAACAUCUCGGAAGCUAACCAGUUCAAGUCCACCUUGUCCAGGUGCUGCAACGCCCCUGCCUUUCUCUUCACCACCCAGAAGAACACCCCUCUGGGGACCAAGCUCAAGUACGAGGUGGAGACCAGUGGUAUCUACCACAUCAACCAGGAGAUCUUCCGCAUGUUCCCCAAGGACAUGCCCUACAACCGAUCCCAGUUUAAGAAGUGCGCGGUGGUGGGCAACGGGGGCAUCUUGAAGAAUAGCCGCUGCGGCCGGGAGAUCAACAGCGCGGACUUUGUCUUCCGGUGCAAUCUGCCCCCCAUCUCGGAGAAGUACACUGUGGAUGUGGGGGUGAAGACAGAUGUGGUCACUGUGAACCCCAGCAUCAUUACUGAGAGGUUCCACAAGCUGGAGAAGUGGCGGCGGCCCUUCUACCGCGUGCUGCAGGUGUACGAGAACGCGUCGGUGCUGCUGCCCGCCUUCUACAACACGCGCAACACGGACGUGUCCAUCCGCGUGAAGUACGUGCUGGACGACUUCGAGUCGCCGCAGGCCGUCUACUACUUCCACCCGCAGUACCUGGUCAACGUGUCGCGCUACUGGCUCAGCCUGGGCGUGCGCGCCAAGCGCGUGAGCACGGGCCUCAUCCUGGCCACGGCGGCGCUCGAGCUCUGCGAGGAGGUGCACCUGUUCGGCUUCUGGGCCUUCCCCAUGAACCCCUCGGGGCUCUACAUCACCCACCACUACUAUGACAACGUCAAGCCCCGGCCGGGCUUCCACGCCAUGCCCUCGGAGAUCUUCACCUUCCUGCACCUGCACAGCCGGGGCAUCCUCCGCGUGCACACGGGCACCUGCAGCUGCUGCUGACGGCCGCCAGGCGGCUGCUGGGCACACAGCUUUGGCUCCUCACGGACCUUCCGAGAACGGACUGGGGGGGUCCUUGGCCUGGCAGCGCGGGGUCGGGGGCCGGCAUUCAGGCUUUUGCGUUUGGGUCCCGGGGCAAGAGGCAGCUCUGUUCAAAGCCUCUCCCCCCGAGGGGGGGGGGCUCUGCUUUGUGUCUCCAUCUCCUCCCCCCCCCCAACAAACAUGCUACACUCUCCAAGGUCGGGGGGGGCGGGGUCUCAUGUUGCGCGUAAAUAAGCACAUGUCCACUCGACUUCCUCUUCUCAGAGAGCACAAACGGCAGUUAGUGGCCUCCUUGCAGCUAGGUCAAGGCCCUGGGGAGCCAAGAUAAGAUGCCCAAUAGGACAGUAAGCACAGUCCAGAUUUCAUUCAUACCUUUGGCGGCCUCACUUUCAUCCCAGGGACCCAGCCAUGCAUUACUACCUAGAAUCUCAGAACUGAGUGGCCCAUCCAGAGGCCAGCCCUUCCAGCGAAGAAACAGCCACUCACUGCAUCCUGGUCAUGCCACCUGGCUGAGUGCUGUGGGGAGUUCUAAUCAAAGCCUUUGUCAGCAUCUCCUUGAGAUUCCAGCAGCUGAGAGCCAGUUUUUAGACACAUGCACGUGCGUGCGCGUGCGCGCGCGCGCGCACACACACACACACACACACACACACACACACACACACACAGAGCCCUGGUGCCUGCCUUUAAGCUAGGUUCCAUCUUGCAUUUGACCUUUGACAAGAAGGAAGUAAACCAGACCAGCCAUUUGCACUAAGAUUUCCCAGCCAAUGUUAUCGACUCAGCAAGUGCUUAGCAAUCUGCUUCCUCUUCUUCUGUGUCCCUAUUUUCAGCUCCAUUUUCACCAGGAGUUAUUUAUAAAGACGUGCUCCUCUUUAUGCCCCUGCCGACUGCAGGAUCCUGCUAAUUCACGUUCUGGAAUAGGAACCGUCAGCUGGAGAGAGUGCUGCCUUGUCAUGUGAGCCUGGCGGAUGGGAGCUCGUGGGGGCCCCUGACACCAGCAUUCCUAACUUAGGGUCUCUCCUGUGAAGGCAUCACCCCCCAGAGCGCGUGCCUGGGACCUUCAAACAAGGGACUCAUCAAGCCUGGGUUUGGGGAAGUUAGCUGUGUCUAGGCUGAGAGCUUCACAUGUGAAUUCACACCUGAAGUUCCUUCUGUCUGCUUCUUACGCGUGGAAACGCAGACUGUGAUUGUGUCUAAUGGUCACUGAUGGUGAAUUGCCUUUGGUUAAGAACUGGGGAACAUUUGUGGGGGGAAGAUUUCAACCUUUCUCUCUGUUCUUUCCUUCCUCUCUCACCUCUCCCUCGCUUCCUCUCCUCCCUGCCUUUCUUAGACAUUUCUAGAGAGCCUGCUCUGUUCUGGCCUGUGGUUGGGCUGGUUAAGACUCUGUGACCUAGGCUCUGUCUGUGUCUUCUGUGGGGAAGCAGAUCGCACCUUCACUGCAGUCCUGCAGGCCAGGCACUCUGAGGAGGAGCUGUGAGGAAACAGCAGAACCUUCUACCUGGUCACCUUUGUACAGGCCGAGCCCCAGACCCAGUUGAGAGAGCUAGAGGAUGAUGCUGACCUUCAGCCACGACCCUGCUUGGGCCUCCUCCCCGCUCAGCCCUGUCUCCUCUGGGCUAUUGCCUAUACGUGUCCCGAAGCUCACCCUCAUGUCUAGCUGUGCCGAAUGCAGCCUUUCCCAUGUUCUGAGCUCUGGGCCUGACUGAGAGGGUCCCCAGGCUACUCAGUCUGCAGGAUUGUAAAGGAGCAGAGCAGUCACUAAAGACACAGGGGGCCACACACUUUGUGGGGGGAUUGUGCUUACGGCUGUCGUGGAAUCUGGCUUUCUCCCAAAGCAGGAACUUCUGGUAACGAUUCCAGCUAACUGAGAUGUCUAGCCGUUAUCUAUGGUUCGUUGAACCUAGUUCUUGAAACCACAGGCUAUUGGCAUUAGAAGAUUCAUGAAGACAGUUUUGUCCCUCAUUAAGGACACAGGCCUGUAGCAAGGAAGUGAUCUGGGUCAGAUCGUGCUCAGGGCUCAGCUGAAUAUGCCUCUUCUGUAUCUGAAGAACUGCAUCUGCUACAAGUAGGUAGGAGCCCUGUGAGUCAGACAUCAGGGUGCCCCCGAGAUGAGAGUUGGGGUUGGAACUUGCCCAGCCAGGGUCACCAUGGAACUGAGGAGUGAACAUCGGGAUCCCUCCCAUGCCGGAGGAAGUCAGCAGCUGUGUGAGGGCCAUGCUUCUGCCCGUGGGUCCCUGGCUUAGUCCAUCCUGUCCUUCAGGGGCUUACAAGAGGUCUCCAGGGUCCUUACAACAUCCAUUUUUAAAAUUAUUUAUUUAUUUGAGAGAUAGAGAAUGGGCACGCCAGGGCCUCUAGCUAUUACAAAGUCCAGACACAUGCACCACCUUGUGCAUGUGACCUGUGUAGGUCCUGGGGAAUCGAACCUGGGUCCUUUGGCUUUGCAGCAAGUGCCUUAACUGCUAAGCCAUUUCUUCAGCCCCAAUAUCCAUUUUUUUUGAGGCAUUCAUGAUGUAUGGAUCUAAGCCAUAGCAUAUAUUUAUUCCAGUAGCUAAGAUUUAUUCCCCUCUCCUUCUGUGGCAAGCCCUACACUGUUCAUUUCUCUGCAUCGUCACCCAGCAUCAGCUCCAGACCCCCUAGGUAAGACGGCACCCAUGGCAUAUAUAGGUGACAGGUUCUUGAUGAUGGUCAGCCUCCAUUGGAAGACAUUUGUCCUCAUCUGCACAGAGCCUUCAGCUUGCACCUCACCUCACUUCCCCAGUCUUACUUCAUUGGUGCGUCAUCAUUCCCUUCCUAACUGAGAUGCCAGCUCAGGGUGGUAGCAGGUACCACUCCAGAGGCAAACACUCUGGGAGGCUGUCCUGGGUGCAGGAGGCAGCUUCUGCUUGCAAGUGCCUCUGCCCAAUCCUGAGCUCUACAAUGGUACUGACCCACACUGAGGCCCUGGAGGGGAACUGAAGGCAUCUCCACGGAGAUCGAUCCAAACAUAAUACAUGUUAAGAGACAUGAGUCACUUGCCUAGGGCCACAUGGCCAGCCAGUGGCUCAGCUGAAGUUCACCAGGCUCCUGACAUGCAGACCACACGCUCUUCCCCGUCAUCAGUAUGUGUGUAACAUUUUUGCAAGGCUCGGAGGGGCCCGAGCAUUGCUUCUGAGACAUCUUGGCUAUGGUGCCUCCGCACAGUGCGGACUACCAGUUAAGUUCUUGUUAAGAGACAUUGGUUCCCUACAACCAAAACAGCUAUGUCGUCUUCCUUUUUAGCUCAGUGCACUGCUCCAGGCUGAAAAGGUGGCAAAAGCAAGUACAUGACUCAGAGCUUGAGCAAGCAGAAAGGAAGGUGGCUGGAGGUCAGGCCGGCCCCUGGGACCUUUUCAGUGGUACUGCUGCGGCAGCUCUGCCCAGACAGCAGAGGCGUGCGGUCGCCCCUGCUUUUGCUGAGUAAGGGGAGGAAGCCCGGGGCAGCGGCGCUUUUGUCAACCGAGGGAGAGCCGAGUGCCGGUUCCAGCCAGUCAUUCACCAUGCAAUUACUGCAUGCCCGUUUGUGCCAGGCCAUGUGCGAGUGCCAGGGGAUAAGUGAUAAAGCGUACUUCUACCUUCCUGGCAUGCACUGUCUGGUGUGUGUGUGUAUGCAGAUUUUAAAUGAAGCAUCUCUCAGAUACAAGCUCACCAUGUGGAGUGGUUUCAAGGGCAGUUAUUAGGAAGAAAAGUUGUAGAAAGAGACUCACAAGUCAAUUCUGAAUCCGGAAGGCUGGCAGCGCCCUGAUUGUCAUUGCCCAAAAAGGAACAAGUUCUCCGGUCUCAUUCCUGACAGUUGACAAGGCUGCCCUCUGGUCUGGAUGUUCCCCCUGCCUUUCCUAACAAACCCUUCCUGAUGUGCCUCCUGUCUCUCUGCAUGCCCUUCCCUAGGCUUUUUGUGAUUUAUCUUCUAUGAAGCUUCCUCAGGGUUCUCUUCCGUGGUGACACCUCAUUCCAUGGCCUCGAGUGCCUGCCUUCCUCACAUCUCAGCCCUUGGCUACAGGCCCCUCCACCUGGAGGCCUCUGAGCAGCUGCCUCUACAAGGCUUCUCGAACCUCAGCCUGACUUCAACUGAUGUAGGCAAAGAGCAGGGUGGACUCCGUCUUCCUCGCCUCUGGUACUGCUCAGUAAUGUGACCCUGGGGAGCUCCUGAAGCCCGGGAGUCACUGAUUUAUCAUCUGAAAAUGUAGAACAGAACCCCAGGCUCGUCAGGCAUUUCAAGGAUGGGGGAGCUCUGUGUUUCACCAUGUCUGGCACAUGCCAGCGCAAACUAGAUGCUCAGGAAGGCCAGGUUUCCUGCUUGGACCUGGGUCUCUUGCCUCUUCUACUUUUACCCUCUAUGUUUAGUGAGUCCUUAAAUCUAGCCAAUUCCAGCUGACAAAUAGUGCUGAGGUCAUCCCUCUCUGUACCCCAUCCACCCCACCAGCUCAUGUACUCCUGGGUGAUCUCUCUGUAUUCUGAGAUUCAGCAUCUGAAAACACUUCAUUGUACCACAAAGUGCAGAUUCUUUUAACAAGACAUCCAAGCCUUGUCUCAGGGAGGCCGUCUCAGUUUUCUGAGCCUUAGUGUCCUGCCCUCUUCCUUCUUGGUCCUAUGCUUUUGUGCAAGAAGUUCUAAGGGCCUGGAAUGGCCCCACUUCCCUGACUUUUAUCUGGCCACUUUUGUUUGUGGUGUCUGGGGAUGGCUGGACCUGAGUCACACACUCUGUCUUCUGGGCUUCUGUGAUGAUCAUCACUGACUUCCAUUAGGACAUCUUCAGAGCUCACAGCUAAGUGUCUCUGGGCCCUUAGUGAAGGACAGGGCCUGGAAUCUAGCUCAUUUCUAAAAAUUAUUUUAUUUAUUU